GAAUCAAUGCAGAUAUAUGGGGGAAGAACAAGCUCCCAUGGCUCUUGUACACCAACACCACCUCCCACAGUCAUUUCAGUCCAUUCGCAAGGCCAAUCUCAACCAAUCCACUUCUAAUUCUUGUUUAUUUUUUCAAUUCAGUACUCGGAAGCUUGCCUGCUGCUUAUGUGCGACAUCUCCCAAUCCCACCAGCCAGUCUCCAUCUCCGAUUUUCCUCCGUUUUCUCGAAGAAGAAGAAGAGGAGGAAGAAGAAGAAGAAGAAGAAGAAGAACCUAAAGACGUUCUUGGAGGAAACACGACGGAAGAUUGGAACGAUCCGUUAGUCAGAUUUUUCAAAUCCCGGAAUUCAACAACGCAAGACCCAUUACCCGAAAGCAAAUUAUCCCUUCAGAAGAACCGCCGUUCGUCGUGGCAUCUUGCCUCCGAGGUUGAAUGUUCCGUUGAAGCUGAAAUUGCACCCGAUGAUGACAAGAAACAGUCCGGUUCGGUGAGUAGGAAUUCUAGGGUAUUACCGGAUGGUGUCGUCGGAGACAUUGUGCGAACUGCGAGGAAUUUGCCUCAAAAUACCACUCUAGGAGAGGCUUUGGGUGAUUUUGAAGGAAAAAUUGAUGAGAAAGAAUGUCUGGAGGUGCUGCGCUUGUUGGGUGAGGAGAAUCUUGUGGUAUGUUGCCUGUAUUUCUUUGAAUGGAUGGGGUUGCAGGAGCCUUCGCUUGUUACACCUCGUGCUUAUUCUAUUCUCUUUCCAUUGUUGGGAAGAGCUGGAAUGGGAGAUAAAAUUAUGGUGUUGUUCAAGAACAUUCCACUCAAGAAGGAGCUUCAGGAUGUUCAUGUGUAUAAUUCUGCAAUGUCUGGGCUUAUGGUCUGUAAGAGGUAUAAUGAUGCUUGCGAGGUGUACGAGGCCAUGGAAACAAACAAGGUUAAUCCCGAUCAUGUGACAUGUUCUAUAAUGAUUACAGUCAUGAGAAAGAUCGGUCGCAGCGCAAAGGAUUCUUGGGAUUACUUCGAGAAAAUGAACGAAAAAGGAGUAAAAUGGAGUCCAGAAGUUUUGGGUGCUCUGAUUAAAGCGUUCUGUGACGAGGGGCUGAAGAGUCAAGCACUCAUCAUCCAACUGGAGAUGGAGAAGAAAGGGGUUGCUUCGAAUGCAAUCGUGUAUAACACGAUCAUGGAUGCAUUUAGUAAAUCAAACCAAAUCGAGGAAGCUGAAGGUCUCUUUGCCGAAAUGAAAGCCAAAGGAGUGAAACCAACAAGUGCAACUUUUAACAUCUUAAUGGAUGCAUACAGCAGGCGGAUGCAACCCGAGAUUGUCGAGAAGCUUCUGAUUGAAAUGAAGGAGAUGGGAUUCGAGCCGAAUGUGAAGUCAUACACUUGCUUGAUUAGUGCUUACGGGAGGAAGAAGACAAUGAGCGACAUGGCUGCAGAUGCAUUCUUGAGGAUGAAAAAGAAUGGUAUAAAGCCAAAUUCUCAUUCAUAUACAGCUCUGAUUCAUGCUUAUUCUGUUAGUGGUUGGCACGAGAAAGCUUACUCGACGUUCGAGAACAUGCUGCGAGAAGGUUUAAAGCCUUCCAUUGAAACUUACACAACGCUACUCGACGCGUUUAGACGUGCAGGUGAUACCGAGGCAUUGAUGAAAAUCUGGAAGUUCAUGGUUAGAGAAAAAGUAGCAGGCACAAGAGUAACAUUCAACAUACUGCUAGAUGGGUUUGCAAAACAAGGUCAUUAUAUUGAAGCAAGAGAUGUGAUAUCUGAGUUCAGCAAGAUUGGGCUGCAGCCAACCGUUAUGACAUACAACAUGCUGAUGAACGCAUAUGCAAGGGGCGGUCAACAUCUAAAGAUGCCGCAGCUUCUGCAAGAGAUGGCUGCUUGGGAGCUAAAACCCGACUCCGUUACUUACUCAACCAUGAUUUAUGCGUUCGUACGUGUUCGGGAUUUCAAACGAGCGUUCUUCUAUCACAAGAAGAUGGUAAAAAGUGGGCAAGUGCCUGAUGUGAAGUCGUAUCAGAAACUUCGAUCAAUUUUGGAUGAGAAACUCGAUACGAAGAACAGGAAGGAUAAGAGUGCCAUUUUGGGUAUAAUGAACAGCAAAUUGGGUAUGGUGAAAGCUAAGAAGAAGGGCAAGAAGGAUGAGUUUUGGAAGAACAAGAGAAAGUAUGUGAAAACAAUGAGAGUUUCUCCUAAUGAACAAAUAUGAAUUGACUCACUCAUUUGGGCUUUUCUUGCUUGGAUGGCCCAUUUAUAUUCCAUCAUGAUAUGGGCUUAGGAGGCCCAGAUUUUGAUCAGCUUCAUAUGGGCCUAGAGCAAAACACUGGCCCAAUAGAGAAACAGAGGAUAAAGUCGAAUAUUGUACAUUAAUGAAAAAGGGUGUAAAUUUCAACUGAACAAUGAUCCUUAAAUUAUGACCAUAUUUCUUUUCUUCCAAA